AUGGUCUCUGAACAUGACUAUUUUUCAGAGACUGUUAGAGGCAGGUGGUACAAUGGACAUUGGAGUUACGACAGUUGGUCAUACAACCCACCAAAGAUAAUUUCUCUGACUCUCAUAAACCUGUACAUAGACUCUGGACAAAAUCUAAUCACGUUACAAUUUUCCUCUAAGAUCCAACCGAGCAUCUACACUAACCUGUUGCGCCUGUGUACUUUGCAAGAUGAAAGUGUCGAGAAAGAACUGAAGCUGGAGAAGAAAGCAAUUCAAAACGCUGACAAAAGAUACACAGCGGUGUAUACAGUGCCUGAAAUCGAAGAUGAGGACUGUUUUCAAGCUUUCGGUAAAAAGGGAGUUCUUGCCGACAGUGGAAAGGGGAGAGAUGAUUCCAUCUGCGGACAGGGCUACAAAGGGAAGUAUGAAUACUUCUGCCAACACGGAGCCACCUACAACAACUGGAAGAAAAACGUGGGUGAAUCUGUGUUUUUGGUUGAGCCAAACGGAAAGCCAAGAUGCAUACUAGGAGUUGUCACUUCAGUAACAGAAUGCAAUGAUUUUACAAUAGCCACAAAACCAAUGCUUAUCAUGAAAGCCAGGCCAUUUUUUGCCCACUUGUUCACCGAAAUGACUUCAACGACCACUAGUACCCGGGAAGUAACAAAUGCUACUGAAAUUUUGACAACUGCAUUUGAAAAUCGAACCAAAACAGGCAAUGUUGACAGCAAUUCACUCAGGAUUCCAACUGAGUCAUUUGAAAAAGCUACAAAAACUGUAGAUCCUGAAACCGAAACAACUGCAACUUUUAAAACAGCACAAACGUCGUCAUCUAGAGAAAUGUAUGAACCAACCGCGAGCUCAGUUGUAGAAGACACAUCGAGUGCUUUGUUUAUAACCAGCUCAUCGAUGCCAGAGAAAACUGAAGAUCUCAUGAGCAACACAUUUCGGAGCUCGACCAGCGCAAACCGACAAACUGACGAAGUUAGCCAAAAUCUAUCAACCGAACCCAAAACAACAGACAUUAUAAGGUUGACUACUGAUUUUACAGCACAGACUACAACUACAAAUAGCGUUACUCUUAUAAAAAACAUUAGUGCUAAUGCAGAGAUUUCAUCACCGAGCAACAGCACCCUGAGCACUGCAACAAGUAUUUCCUCGCCUGAGGACCUUGCAUCUUCUCAUUUUGAGGCAGAGACCCCAAGUACAACUAGUGCAAUUAGUACAGGUGAUGCAGCGACUUUAAGAACAAUUACAAGCACACUGAGCGCUGGAGCAAGCAUUUAUUCAUCUGUGGGCGUUACAACUGGUCGGUUUGAGACAGAGAGCUCGAGUACAACUGCUGUAACUAAUACAGAGAACACCAAUGGAGUUGCAGAAGUUUCAUCAGCAAACACAACUAUUCUGAUCACUGGAGCAAACACUUCUACGGCUGAGAUAGUGAGCGCGAGUAAAAAUGCUGUUUAUAAUUCAGGGAGUACUAAUAGAGAUACAGAUAUUUCACCAACAGACGAAAUCACUGUGAGCACUGAAGCGAGCAGGUUUUUGACUGAGAGUAGCACAACUACUCACAUUGAAACAGAGACCCUGAGUACAACUGCUGUAAAUAGUACAGAGAAUAUGGAUGAAAAUGCAGAGAUUUCAUUAACAAGCACAAACAAUCUGACCACUGGAGCAAUUAUUCAUUCGCCUGAGGAUAGUACAAGUGCUCAUUUUGAGACAGAGACCCCGAGUACAACUGCAUCAACUGAUACAGAGGUUACCAAUGAAAAAGCAGAGAUCUCACAAUCAAACACGAGCUUGUUGAGCUUUGGAGCAACCAUUUCUCCAAAUGAGGGGAGUGCAACUUCUCAUUUUGAGACCCCACGUACAAAUUCUGUCACUAGUACAGAAUAUACCAUUGGAGAUUUUGGUAUUUCAACAUCGAGUAACAAUAUGAUGAGCCCUGAAGCAACCUUUUCUUCAUCUCAGGGCAGUAAAACUACAGGUUUUGAGAUAAAUACACGGAGUGAAAAUUCUGUAAAUAGUACAACGUACUUCAAUGGAGAUACUUCAACAAACAACAAAACACUGAGCAGUGAAGCAAUAAAUUUUUCAUCUGAUGGCGGUACAACUACUGGUUUUGAGACAGAGAACACGAAUAAAUUUGCUGCAACUGUUCCAGAAUACACCAAUGCAAACGCAGAGGUUUCACCAGCGAACAACACCACGCAGAGCCAUGAUGAUAGUACUUUAACACAUGAGGGCCUUAUAAAAACAAGUUUUCAGACAGAUGUCUGGGGUACAACUUUUGUAACAAAUACAGAAUACAUCAAUGCAAAUACAAAGGUUUUACCAACAAAUAAGAGCACGCAGAGCUCUGAAGCAAGCGUUUUUACAAAUGAAGACGGUACAACUACUGGCCUUGAGACAAAUAACCAGCGUACAUCUUCCGCAACUGUUCCAGAACUCUCCAAUGCAAAUCCAGAAACUUCUUCAACGAACACCAGCACUCUAAGCUUUGGAGGAAGUAUUUUUUCAUCUCAGACCAGUGAAGUGGCUAGUUUUGAGACAGAGAACUUGAGUACACCUUUUGUAACUGUUUCUGAGCACAUCAUUGGAAAGGCAGAGAGUUCAAACACAAAACACAUCACACCGAGCUUUGGAACAAGCUAUUCUACAAAUGAGGGUAGUAUAACCACUGGUUAUCCGACAGAUACCUGGAGAACAAUUUCUGUAUCUAAUACAGCGUACAUCAAUGGAGGUUCCGAUAUUUCACCAACAAAUAUAAGUAGGCAGACCACUGGUGUAGACUUGUCGUCACCUAAAGGCAGUACAACUGCUAGUUUUGAGUCCAUAAGUUUGAUUUCUUCUUCUAUAACUGUUCCAGAUUACAACAAUUCAAGUACAGAAAAUCUACCACCAAGCAACAGCACGCUGAGUUCUGGAGCAAGCAUUGGUUUUUCUGAAGGUAGUACAGCUAAUGGUUUUCAGACAGAAUCUUCAAGUAAAUCUUUUGCAAAUUUUACAGAAUAUAGCGGUGUAGAGGCAGAUAUUUCAUCAAUAAACAACAGCAUGUCCAGCACUGAAGCAAUCAAUUCUACAUCUCAGGGCAGUACAUCUACUGGUUUUGAGACAAAGAACUUGAGUACCAAUUCUCUAACUAAUAAAGAGAAUACCAAUGAGGAUGCAGGCAUUUCACAAACAUACAACAGCACGUUGGACGCUGAAGCAACACUUUCUCAAACCAGUUUAACGACUGGUUUUCAGUCGGAGAACCCAAUUUUAUCUUCUGUAAUUGUUCCAGAAUACACCAACUCAAAUGCAGAAGCUUCCUCAUCAGUAAAUCUUACAGAGAACAUCAAUGAAACUGCAAAAAAUUCAUCAUCGCUAACAACGUCGUCAAUGACUUUUUUGACAUCGUCGCCGACCACGUUUUUAACGACAUCGUUAACGACAGCUUCCACUUUAUCGCCGUCUACUUCGUCAACGACAUCGUCAACAAUUUUUUCGACAACAUCGCCGAACACGUCGUCAGCGAAAUCUUCGACAUCAUCGUCAACCACUCCGUCAACAAAACCUUCGACAGUGUUACAAACCACAGCGACAUCUUCUGCAGUGUCGCCGACAACUUUUUCAAUGACAUUUUCAUCUAAGUCGUCAACCACGCCGUCAACGACAUACGGGAAUUCAUCUCCAACCACGGCGUCAACGGCAUCAUCAAUAUCACCGCCAACCACAGCGUUAACAAAAUUUUCGCCCACGUCGCGAGUCACGUCGUCAACUAAUUCGUCAACGAAAUCAUCGACAUCGUCGCCGACAACUUCGUCAAUGACUUCCUCCACAUCAUCACCGACAACUUCGUCAACGACGUCGUCAACGUCUUCUAUUACAUCAUCAGCGACUACUUCGACAACGAGUGUACCCACAUCAUCACCGACAACUUCGUCAACGACGUCGUCAACGUCUUCUUUCACGUCAUCACCGACAACUUCAUCAACGACUUUAUCCAUAUCAUCACCGACAACAUCGUCAAUGACAUCUUCGACAUCGUCGCCGACAACUUCGUCAACGACUUCCUCCGCGUCAUCACCGACAACUUCGUCAACAACUUCGUCAACGACUUCCUCCACGUCAUCACCGACAACUUCGUCAACAACGUCGUCAACGACUUCUUUCACAUCAUCACCAACAACUUCGACAACGACUCUAUCCACAUCAUCACCGACAACUUCAUCAACGACUUUAUCCACAUCAUCACCGCCAACAUCGUCAACAACAUCGUCAACGACAUCUUCGACAUCGUCGCCGACAACUUCGUCAACGACGUCGUCAACGUCUUCUUUCACAUCAUUAGCGACUACUUCGACCACGACUGUACCCGCAUCAUCACCGAAAACUUCGUCAACGACGUCGUCAAGGACAUCUUCGACAUCGUCGCCGACAACUUCGUCAACGACUUCCUCCACAUCAUCACCGACAACUUCGUUAACAACGUCGUCAACGACUUCAUCCACAUCAUCACAGACAACUUCGUCAACGACGUCGUCAACGACAUUCAUACCAACAACAACUCCCAUAUUUUUUAUACCAAUUAUACCUCAGAACGCCAACUCAGCCGCACGUGGCUCGGUUGAUUACUACUACUUCAAAAAGGAAAUGCGAGGCAGAAAAGUAACAGAAGUUAAGGCGUCAACUACAUCCGAUGUUCAUUCUAAGACCACAUACCAGAAACAAAGUUUCAAGUCCAUCACGAAAUCAAAAUUUGUUUCAGACACGAGAACUGAUUUCCGAAGAGAGAAUAAAAGAAGCAAGGUUCUUUUGGAGCAUACUUCCGAAGUAUCUUCAACGACUGAUGCCAAUACUGAGAUUUUCUACGAAAGGCUUUUAUCAGAAGUCGAUGGCACAACGCAGCAGUUUCAUAGCACCACCUAUUCGAAAACAGUUUCCGAUGUUUCAAAAUUUUCUAAGGAUGGAAUGAAUCAGUUUGAAAGUAUCAUUUCAGAAUGUGAAUUUACCAGAAUUUCCCUGUACAAAGUCAUCGGAUCAAGAACACUCUCCUAUGAAACACUGGCUACUUUCACGACCGAAAUUGAAUCAACCAUGAAUUCACGACCUUUAACCAAUGUGUCUGACGACAUCAAAGAUGAUCUGCCUCUCACUCCCAACCAUUUCCUUCUUGGUCGUGGAACUCCAAAUUUACCGCCUGGUAUCUUCAAGGACAAGGAUUUAUCUCUGUCAAAAUCAUGGAAAGCAUCCCAACUACUCGCAGAUCACUUCUGGAAUCGCUUUCUUCGAGAGUACUUACCAGGUCAGCAGAAACGAUCAAAGUGGACUUCUGCGACUUCCAAUUUGCAACCCGACUACAUGGUCUGGAUGUUGGAGGAUUUUACACCUCGUGGACUGUGGCCUCUUGCUAAAGUGGUGGAAACCUUUCCUGGACAAGAUGGAAUAGUCCGCUCAGUGAAGCUGAAAACGCCAACUGGAUUCAAAGUUCGAUCUGUGGUCAAAUUGAGCCGCGUUUUCCCAGUUUCGCAGUAA